AUGAAUAAUAAUGAUUUCAUAAAUGUUACUGACUUUCCUGAUUCGUUUCAAAGAUUAUACAGAAUAUUCUCCCAGAUCAAUACCCAUCUUACUUUCUUAGGAUCUCAUUCCAGAUCUACUAUUCCAACCUUUGAUUUGAUCCACAAGUUAAACAAUGACAUCACUAAACUAGAUUUGACUAUCAUCAAGCAUCUCUUCCCUGAAAGAGAAAUAUACUUUGAUUACAUCGAUGAGAAUCAAGUCAUGCUAUCAUUCUUAGAAAAAGUUGAACAUAAUAAGAUCGAUGGGUAUAAACUGAAUAACCCUAGUACUGUGGAUGAUGAAUAUGAAAAAAUAGCGAAGCAAUCAAAGGAAAUUAUGCAUUCGAAACAGUUGCUUAUAUUUGAUUUUCAAGAUACAAGAAUAGACAGUGCUGGUCCAGUUGUGAUGGGACGAAAGCGUAAGAGAGAAGAUAAUAAUGCAAGUGGUGAAUUCUUCUUAUCAAGUAAAGAACUAUCAACUGAACCUUUAACGCAACAACAACUCAUGGGUAUCAUAAAAUCAAGAAAUGAGAAGUUUAAAAAGAUCCUAAAGAAGUAUUUGGAGAAGUUAGAUUAUGGAAAUAUCGACUUUGAACUUUUUGAAUCAUCUUAUAAACUGAAAGUCCCACGAGAACCCGGUUUUGUUAACCCAGUUGAAGAAAGUCCAAGAAAGUCUGCCAAGGUCAAUGGUAGUACUCAUACCAGUGGAGUCGAAAAGAUGAUACUGACUCUUAAACAAGAGUCGUUCUAUAAAAAUCAAAUAACGUCCAUACAGACUUUAAAUCCUACUAAAGCUGCCAAUUAUGUUAAUUUCGAAAACCAUGAUUUAAUCCAUCCUGAAUUAAAAGCUGCAGUUAUGGCAUAUAAAGGAAUAUCGAUUGAAGAAGGCUUGUAUUCUCAUCAAGUUGAAGCGUUGAGCUCAUUGAUUACUAGAAAUGAUGGUCUGGAUCAUGUUAUUAUUAGUACGUCUACAGCUUCUGGUAAAUCAUUAAUUUUUCAGCUACCAAUAUUAAAUGACAUUCUUUGGAAUAUAACCAGAGGAAACAAAGGUCGUGGUACUACAGCAUUCUUCAUAUUUCCAACCAAGGCUCUUGCUCAAGAUCAAAAGAGACAUAUAGAAGAAUUGAUUAGUCAUAUACCCACUAACAAUGAAAGAAGAAUAAUAGUGGAAACAUAUGACGGUGACACACCUUAUAAAGAAAGAAAAUCUAUUCGUUCCUUUGCAGACAUAAUUUUCACAAAUCCAGAUACUAUUCAUGCCUCAAUAUUACCAAACUUCGUUGAUAAGGAUUGGAAUACUUUUUUAAAAGCUUUGAAAUAUGUUGUUCUAGACGAAUUGCAUGUGUAUAAAGGUACAUUUGGCGUGCAUGUCAGUUAUGUCAUGAGUCGACUUUUAAGAGUACGAUCCAUUUCCAAUACAGACUCAAAGAAAUUGAACUUCAUAGCAUGUUCAGCAACCAUUCUGGAUCCAAUGACUCAUUUCAGAACUAUUUGCAGGAUACCCAAAACUGAAGGUGUAGUACAUGUUUCAGAAGAUGGUAGUCCUUGUGCCGAAAAGAAACUUCUAGUUUGGAGACCACCACCAUUGAUGAAUAAAAGAGGUCAGACUCCUGUAUUUGGAGAGAAUGAAGAAAUUCAACCUUUCAUACCAAGGGUAAAUAUUAUGCCUGAACUGGCUAGUAUAUUAGUUCAACUAUUAUCAAAACUUCCAGAUGUAAGGAUUAUUCUAUUUUGUCCAAUAAGAGCCAUGUGUGAAUUGGUCAUGAAAGAAGUGAGGACUUUGAUUAAAACCUCGUAUUCGCGGAACUUGACAGAGACCGAUGUGAUGUCUUAUAGAGGAGGCUACUCAAAACGAGACAGAAGAAUAAUUGAGCAAAAGAUGUUUUCUGGUGAAUUACGAGCCAUUGUUGCUACAAAUGCAUUAGAACUAGGAGUAGACUUGUCCUAUUUGGAUGUGGUGAUAACAUGUGGUUUUCCUUUACUGAAGCUGAAUAUGCAUCAACAGUUUGGAAGAGCUGGAAGAGGCAAGCGUUCAGAAGGAAGUUUAGCUAUAUAUGUUUCGUCUGGUAGUCCAGUAGAUCAAUACUAUUUGGAACAUCCAGAGGAGCUUUGUAAUAAAGGCUCAUAUGAAGACUUGUGUGUUGAAAGCUUGCUGAAUUUAAGCUCUUCUAAUUUUAUCCUAGAACAGCACUUGCAAUGUGCUUCUUAUGAAGAACCAAUUGAUGUUGAUAAUGAUGCAAAAUGGUUUAUACCGGAAGGUACCAACGAUGCAAAUAACAUUUUCAGUGAUUUAUGUAAAUCGAAAUUAAUCCAGGAUUUCAAUGGAUUGUAUACUAUAAACCCAAUAUAUUUACCUAGACCAACUGAAAUGGUAUCCAUUAGAGCUAUAGAAAAUGAGACAUUUGCGGUGGUAGAUAUAACGAAAGAUAGAAAUGUUGUUAUCGAGGAGGUAGAGUCUCUGAGAACAAGCUUUACUUUAUAUGAAGGUGGUAUAUUUCUACAUCAAGGUCUUCCUUAUUUAGUCAAAGAAUUUAAUGCUGAUCAGAAGUUUGCUAAAGUAGAAAGAGUUAAUGUCGAUUGGAUAACUCAACAGAGAGACUUCAAAGAUGUUGAUCCUUUAGAGAUUGAAUAUGUGAAAGAGCUUUAUUCUAGUGAUAUCUCAGCUUCCUCAGAUGUACCUCUAUUUUAUGGGAAAGUUCAGCUUACUUUGGUUGUGUUUGGGUUUUUUAAGGUUAACAGAAAAGGCGAAAUAAUAGAGGCCGUGGAAGUAACAAAUCCUCCAGUUAUACUUCGUUCAAGAGGUUUAUGGGUCGAUAUACCUCAACCAGCUUUAAAAUUCAUUAAAGAAAAGGAGUUCUCAGUUGCGGGUGGUAUUCAUGCAGCUCAGCAUGCUGUGAUGAACAUGUUUCCGUUAUUUCUAAAUAGUAAUGGUGGUACAGAUAUCCCAUUAAAUCAUUAUUCGAACAUUGGUGAAACUGAAUUGCACACUGAAUGUAAAGCUCCAGAAAAAGAAUUUGCAUCAAGAGAAACAAGACGUAAACGUCCAGCUCGAUUGAUAUUCUUUGAUGCCAAAGGAGGAGAACGUGGAUCUGGAAUGUCUGCUAAAGUAUUUGAAUACUUUGAUGAUUUACUUUUCACAACAUAUCAUAGAGUUAAGGCGUGUGAUUGUUUAUGGGGAUGCCCCCAAUGUGUGGCUCCACAACAUUGUAGUGAAAUGCUGGAAGUUAUGUCGAAACCUGCUGCUAUGAUAAUACUUGCUUCUUUAUUGGGGCUUAAUCUAGACGAAGAAUUCAGAGAUCUACCUGAUGGCCCGGAACCUAAUAUGCAAGCUAUAAAGGUAGAAACAAUAGACUUUAAACGAUCGACUGUUAGAUUCUCUCCUGAUGUUCGGAUUGUUAAAAUUAGAAAAGCACGUUCUCCGUUACCUGAUGUUAAGGUCAAACAGGAAGAGGAUAAUUCAUAA